AUGACCGGCCUAUCUUGGAGACUUCGACCGGCGAACAGUAAGAAAGACGGUAGUUUGAGACGACAAAGUGUGGACGUGGGGGCUCUGUUUAGGCAACAGGAAAGUAAUGCUUCGACUGCGAAUGUCAACGAGUCUGAAGCAAUAACGGCUGCUCCCCAAGAACCACGACCUCCCACGCCGAAGAGCAUCACCACCCAAGAAACCGCGUCGCGAGUCUCUACGUCGACUGUUCGGCCGCGGCCUAGGAAGUCUGAGGAACGAACAAGAUCGAAUAGGUUCUCCAUCUUGAAGUUUCGCAAUGCUUCCGACCCAGCAUUAGGAUCGAAAGCUAGGGCUCAUGAGGAAAUCCCACCGCUGCCAGACCCGCCUCGGACCCCAACUAUCAUCACAACAGCCCCGACAUUUGAUAUUGCCGCUGCGCCUCCUCUUCCACAAACCAAAUCAACUGGUGACAUUACAGAACUUAGGACUGGUUCCGCUACGGGAUCGCGUACCAACCUCUCUGCAACAUUAAUCGCACAGUCUGCAUCGAUAAGUCGAGAACAGUCGGUAUCACCUGCUCCUCGGCCAGCUUCUGCACCACGUCGGGAAUCGUCGAAAAGGAACAUCGGGAGCAACCCGUCUGGUCGAGCGAGUAGAGUUACGUUUGACGAGCCGGAGAGAACCUAUCCGAAUAAUGGAUCUACACAAAGUUUUGCUCCACCUCCAUACGACGAACAUGGUCUCCCGAUUCCACAACCACGGCUGUCCGAAUCUUCUCGAUCUGAAGCCAGUUCCGCGGAUAUGGUUGUCACUACAACGACGACGACCCAUACCGUCUCCACAACGUCAACUUUCUUUCGAUUCUCUAGGCGCAAAAAGGAUACGCCGUUGUUCCCUCUACCGCCAAAGGUAUCUCACACAGAGCCUAGAGUAAGCACAGAUGCAAUAGGCGGUGGUGCAUCUAGUUCGAAUGUUUCCGUUCGUUCGCGCCCGUCGAAUACGCUCUCUUCGGCCCCUGCCACUCCUCGGCGAGUACCUACGUCUGAUGGAAUGCCCAUUCCUGCUACAAGUGCCCUGGCAGCCUCCGUACUAGGUACGAUGGGAGGCUCGGCGACUUUGGCGCGUGCUAAUUCUACAGCCUCAACCCAUUCACUACGAUCUACUACCUCUAGUCCUUUGGCGCCUCAAACCCGGUACAAUAGGGCGAGGAGUUCGACGGCUGGUUCAAUGGAUAGGUCUCCAGCAGAUAGCACUCGGACGAGCAUGGCUGUUGGUCGAAAUAGUUUUUCGAGGCUGUUCUCAUCGAGAUCUAGGCAGAAUAGUGAGGCCAAUCUCCCCGGGAUGCCGACGCGAACAACAUCGCCCGCCCCUUACCUUGCUCGUGCUUCAACUUCUCAUCCAAACUCAAUGGCAGUUUCUCGGGAGAAGUUAAUAAUACCGGAGAGAUUGGACGACGACACACCAGACCAGUAUCUAAGAAAACUGGAGGAGGCUGUCAAUAAAAGCGUAGUAGCCAGCCUGCUAAGCAAAACUGAUGAUGCAUUCCAUGUAGAAGUACUGAAGCAGUAUAUGAGCACUUUCAAUUUCUAUCGGGAUCCGAUGGACAUGGCAUUACGAAAGCUAUUGAUGGAGGUCGAAUUGCCAAAGGAGACUCAACAAAUUGACAGAGUUUUGCAAGCAUUUGCGGAUCGAUAUCAUGAAUGCAACCCCUUGAUAUAUUCUUCGAGUGAAAACGCUUACUUCAUUGCCUUCUCGUUGCUCAUCUUGCACACUGACGUCUUCAACAAGAACAACAAGCACAAGAUGCAGAAACCUGAUUACGUCAAGAACACCAGUGGGGAAGGAAUUACCUCUGACAUUUUGGAGUACUUCUAUGACAACAUCAGUUACACGCCAUUUAUUCAUGUUGAAGAUGAUCUUGACAUCAAUGGCGAGAAGAUCCUUUCGCACAUGCCCAGACGAAAUAUGCUAACCAAGGCGAACACUGACUUGAAAAAGGCGAGGGAGCCUGUGGAUCCAUACACAUUGAUCAUUGACAAUAAGAUGGACAUAUUACGCCCAUCAUUGUCUGACGUUCUCAUGGUGGAUGAUCCGUACAGCUACCUUGGGACGACUCACACGAUGAAUAUGAAAGAGCUCCACGAGUCAUUCUUCAGGAGCUCUGUGCUUCAAAUCGUGUCUGCGAGGUCGCGGCCAGAUGCAUUUUUAAACCCAGCCACCGCCCAAAAUCCCCAAGAUGCCAGUCCCGGUGUCGUGGAGAUUAAAGUUACAAAAAUAGGUCUUUUGUGGAGGAAGGACCCAAAGAAGAAGAAGACCAGAAGCCCUUGGCAAGAAUGGGGUGCACUGCUCACCGGAUCCCAGCUUUACUUCUUCAAGAAUGUGAGCUGGGUCAAGAAUCUAAUGUCACAGUACGAACAGCACGUGAAAGCCGGCAACGUGGGAAUCAUCCCAUGCGUAUUCACGCCACCGCUAUUAGAAUUUAAUCCCGACUCUAUGCUCUCCACCGACGACACAGUCGCCCUUCUCGACCGCACUUACAAAAAACAUAAAAACGCUUUUAUGUUUGUUCGCCAUGGUGGAUUUCAGGAGUACUUUCUUGCAGAUAAUGAGGCCGAGAUGAACGACUGGCUCUCGAAGCUCAACUACGCCGCCGCCUUCCGAACGGCAGGCGUACGUAUGAGAGGAGUUGUAGGUGGACAUUACGAUGGCCAGCGCAGUAGAGGCAUUCGCAGGAUGGAUUCGACUAACACCAAGUCUGUGCAGACCGCGUCCGGGGAGGUGUCCAUUGUUUCUGGGAGAAUAGAUCCCCAGCUCGCAGCACAAAUCGCUGCUGCUCGACGUCAAGUCAUUGAUCGAAAGAUCCACGAUUCGAAUAUGAAGUUGAAGGAUGCGUUAGACCAGCUAGCUAUGCUGUUGAGGAAUGCACAUCAUCUCAAACUUUUGACUCCAAUCCAGCCAAAAACUAGAGAUGCUGUUAUCCUCGCUGCAGGAAGUCUAAAUGCAAAGCUCCAGUGGGUCCGUGUGGAUAUUUGGCGGCUCAGAUGUCACCGCGAUAUUCUGGAGUUGGAUCUUGAGGAAGAACGAAGGUCGGCAAAGGAUAAGCUCAGGAGACUAACGUUAUUGCAGACCCCGCCCGAGACGCCAGCUCGUGGAAGCAAAUCGCCGAGCCUUGCAGAAUCUCCACUCUCUGCUAAAAGCACGCCGACUCAAGCUACUGUCAACGCUUCAUUCAACAAGCCGCUCUUCGAAAAUGAGAUCGUUAGGCAGUCUACCAGAACAACGACGAUUAGUAGGACGGCAUCGCAAUCUACGGCACGACCAUCUACAUUAGGAUCCCAUCAAGGCUGGGAGAUAGGACAGCUGCCAUUUGAGCUUAAGAGGGGAUCCGUCGUCAGUGAUAUCAACGGCGAUAUCGACCUUAGCCAGCUUGGGGAGCCAUAUAUAACCAAUACGGAAUCUCGUGAGUAUGUCAGUAUUACAACUAGCAAUUCCAACGAAGAAAUACCACGACGGCCAAGCAAUGGGUCUGUUAUUUCGCAACAAGCGAUUGUACAGGCUAUUAAACCAGGCGGGGAUCCCGAAUCCGAGUUCCUAGAGCAGAUUACAGCCAAAGAUGAAAAAGGAAAGGAAGUGGAGGAUUCUGCUAGUCAUCGAGAAAAGAAGGACAAGGAGAAGGAGAGAAAAGAUGAGAAGGACAAGGUCCGACGGUCUUUACACCGCACCCUCCGUGAAGGAUCUCAAGUCAUCCAACUGCCACACCACCGAUCUCGCAAAGGGAAGGACGGAAACCCGCAAGGUGAGAAGGUCGAUGGUGAGGUCGAUGGCGAAAAGAAGGAGAGCGAAGGCUUAGCUCGAGGUGCCGGUAGUUUCACGGUCCAUGGCAAGAAGGCUAGUGUUAUCACAUUCGGAAGCGAUUGGCACACCAUCCCCGCUGAGGAUAGGCUUAAGCGUCAUAGGAGCGCCGCUAGCACUUCUUUGCCUUCUGCUGUACAGGGUGUAGUCGGAGAUCGUGUUCUUGACGCCUCGAGUCUUGGAAGGGUUACUGUCACGGAGACUAGCACUGGGGAUAACUCCGAUAAUGAGGAUAGCGGAUCCGGGAGCGGUGCUACGAGCAUUAGCAGGAGUCAGCUGAGCCGUGGAUCCAGCGCUGUUAGCGGCCGUUUGGCAGUUGUGAACCCAGAUAAUGAAGGAGAAGGGACCGGUGCAACAGAAGAAAAGGAGAUUAACGAUGGGGAAAUCAGUAUCAUGACAGCAUCGGCGGUCACGGACGAUGAUAUGUCGAGUUUCAUCCCCGAUGCAAUCACUAGCCCUGCGCUCUCUGAUGCUACUAUCACACAUUUUGGAGAUACUGAAAGUUCGUUGACAACUACCAGCCGUGAAGCAGAGGCGGUAGUUGUCGAGAUUGCUAAGGAGAGCGACGAGAAGAAUAUUGAGGAGGUCAUUGUUUUGAUUAAUUCGCAAAGGAACCUCAACGACCUACCGACUACCGCUGAUGAUAUUCUGGCAAAGCCAGAACCUUCAGUAAUGGUUGGGGCGUCAUUGGAUGCAGGCAAGCCAGACGAGGAGCUAAAUAAGUAG